AGGUGUGUUCUACUUCAAAUUAAAGCGGACUGAAGGUGGAGAAAACACUUCAAACAAAUCAUUGCCGCGACGCCGCGUGCAGGUUUUCACUUCCAAUACUUCCAGAGGUGCAGUUCGGGAAAUAAUUGAGAAGAAUUGUCAGCAACCUGAUGGAAAUGAGUGUGUGAGAGUGUCGAAGCAGCAGUAAUGGCAUCAGGGGGAGAAGCCGUUGCUCCUGCGGAGGACAAGGGGGGUGUCCCACUGGACAUUGAUGAUGUACACCUACUCCUGCAAGUGGAACAGGAGCAGAUUCAGAAGAGGACAUUCACAAACUGGAUCAAUGCACAGCUCUCCAAGAGGAACCAUCCAACUGUUGUCCAGGAUCUGUUCUCCGAUCUUGGAGAUGGGACUCGACUGCUUGAUCUACUGGAGGUGAUGAGUGGCCAACGCAUGAAGCGUGAGCGGGGUCAUGGUGUGUUUCAGCAGAGGGCCAACAUCGAAACCGCUUUGAACUUCUUGAAGAAUAAAUCAAUCAAGCUGGUGAACAUAAACAUCCCAGACAUCAUAGAGGGGAAACCUUCCAUCAUUCUGGGCCUGAUAUGGACCAUCAUUCUGCACUGUCACAUAGAGGAGCUAGCCAGCACUCUCUCUUACGGAUCCCGUUCAUCCUCCCUGGACUCUCUGUCCAGUCUAGAUUCUGUCCCUGGAUCUCCACGCAGUAGUCCUGUUCCUCGAGGAGCAUCACCGCUCCGCACCCGCUUCCGUCUGUCUGCUAAGAAGGCUUUGCUCCUGUGGGUUCGGGACCAGUGCCAGAAAGUUGGUUGCUCAGCCAGUGUGAGGGACUUUAAGUCCAGCUGGAGGAGUGGUGAGGUGUUUCUGGCCAUUCUCUGCUCUCUCAGACCUGAUCUGGUGGACCUUUCUCAAGUCCAGACCAGCAGCCACCAGGAAAACUUGGAGAGGGCGUUUCACCUCGCUGAAAAGGAGCUCAGAAUUCCCAGACUGCUCGAGCCAGAAGACAUUGAUGUCAGUAACCCUGAUGAGAAGUCUAUCAUGACAUACAUUGCUCAGUUCCUGCAGUACUCCAACGAUCUGCCCGUAGCUGAUGACGAUUUUGAGGCUUCACCCAGUCAGAAAGCCACAGAGAUGAAAUGCUGGCUAGAACGAGCCUGUCAGGAGUUAUUGGGGGCAUGGAAUUCCACAGAGGGGAAGGGAUAUGCAGAGAAGUAUCAGGCAUUUCAGAACUUUGUGGGGACUUAUUAUGACCAGCGACGUCCAGUUAUUCCAGUUCUCAGUGCAAUGAGACGCUGCGCUAAACCAAGUGAGGAGCAGUUGGCAUUGAGAAAGGCCUGGGACACCAUGGAGGAGAUGUUGCAAGAGUUCAGAACAGAGCUUGAUGUAGGUUUGCCAGCCCCUCUGAACACACUGGGCCGGUGGCUCCAGCAUAUGGAAGCUGUGUUGUCUGAAGACAGUGGGAGCACAGAAGAUCAUGCACUUGCUGCCAGAGAUGCCAGACACAAGCAAGAGCAGCUGAAGGUCUUGGUUGAGGACUUAAGCCAGCACUUGAACACCCUUCAUCACUAUAGUAACACAGAUGAUGAUGGCUGUCUUCAAGUGCCAGUCGAGAAGCUGGAGGAGAUCAAGAGACGUUUCACCAGUGCCAGAGUGACAGCAAAGUACCACGGCAUCAAGCUACAAUACAGAGAGCAGAUGCACCAUGUUUAUGACAUGCUGGGACGUCUGAAGUCUAAGCUGAGCCUGUGGAGAGGACCUUACGGCUCCCAAGAGUCUGUGCACUCUCUGCUACAGGAUUGGCAUGACACUGUUGACAAGCAAGGCCUGGUGUGGAUGUUGAAGGAAGCACUUCAUAAGCUGAAGGACACAGCAGUCAGUUACACCAACAAAGCAGCUCUGGCCAGCGACUCUCCUGUGGUAAACAGGCAGGUAAAGGAGGCCGAUAGUGAGACGGGAGUCGGUACAGAAGCUGCAGAAGCAGUAAGAUCCACCAUGGAGCGUGUGCUGGCUGCAUGGGUGUCCUACAAAGACUGCCUGUAUCUAUUACAGGCCUGCCUGGGGCAGGAGGGGCAAUCAGAGGAACAGGGGCAGGAGCACAAGCAUUUAUCCUCCAGCCUGAAUGAGUGGAGAUCACGUCAAGCCCAGCUAAAUGAGGCGGGAAACUUUCUCAUUGAUAUAAGUGAUGCCUCCACCAGCCACUCUCUGACUGAAGAGCUCCGCAGACUGAACAUACAGUGGGCUGACUUUAUAAAAAGGACCAAGUUUGCAGUGGCCCCUCAGCCCAUCGCUGCGGUCCCAGGGGUCCAAGCUGCUCAGUCCCUGAUGCAGGAAGCCAGCUGGGUGCUUAGAGAGACUGUGGAGGUGUCAUCUGGACCUCUACGUAUUUACAGAAAGAAACUCCAGGGCAUAAUUAAGAAGAUGUCAGCGUUCAAUUUGAACUCUUUGUCUCUGUCUCCAGACUACAAAGAAGAAACUCUCCAGAAACUCAGACAAACUCUUCCAGAGACAUUUGAGACUUUGACCCGGGUGGAUCAGGUGUGUGAGAGACUCCAAAAAGCGACAUCUCUGCUCGAGGACAGGCUGGCUGAGCUUGAAAACUGGAGCACAGAAGCCCAAGAGGUCUGCCACCACCUAAAAGAAAGGCAGCAUAGGGGCCACUGGGGGCCACAUCCCAGGACUAAAGGACUGAUCUCAAGAGGUCUACAUUUGGAAGGACAGGUGGUGACAGAAGGUGAGGACCUGCAGGUGCUUGUGACAUCGGUGCAAAAGAUCUCCUCCCUGCCUUACCUCAGAACAUCAGCAUUACUAGACCGACUGCAACGGAAUGUCUUGCACUCUCAGGAGGUUACCGAGAUGCUCAGUUCUCAUGAAGUGAAGCGUGAAGGACACCCUAAAGGUGCACGGCCCGCUUCCAAGGUUUUCAUACAGGCAUAUUCUCAGCCUGAAUCCCAAAUUGGAACCAUUCAACACCAUCAGAUUGAGACAUUUUCCAAAAGUUCCAUACUUUCUCCAGAGAACCCAGAAGAACCUCAAAGCCAAGAACUCUAUUCUUCCAAGCUGGAGUCUCAUUUGGAAGCCACCAGUGGCGUACAGCCCCAGGUUCUCCCCCAGGAUCAUGAUAAAUCUCCAAAAGACCAAAGAAAAACUAUAUGCCAAGUACAACAUGCAGAGCUCAAACAGCCUUUGCUGUCAUCUGUUGUUGGCAGGAAGGUUCAAAUGAAACCUCAGACCGAAGUUCAACUGAUCUCUGUAGACUCGAGCCUAACCAGUAGCUUUGGACCAUCAGACCUUCAAGCUGCCUUAGUAAACUCAAGCCAGAACAGACCCUUAGACCCUGUACAGGUUAUCUUUAUAGACCCAAUCCAUACCAGUGACUUCAGUCUAUCAGAGCUACAGGUUAUCUCAAGCCAGACCAGUGGAUUUAGACCAUUAGACUCUCUCCAAGUUAUAUCUCUAGAGUCAGGCCAAACCAGUGGCACUGAACAAUCAAACCCUCUGCAGUCUCCAUCUUCAACUAUGUCCAGCCCAAGCACAUCACUUACAUCGGUUACCAUGACUGAACUAAGAAUGCCAGUCGAGCAGCAUCUUGGUUCACCAUCAAAAUGGCAACCUCAAACCUCCUUGGUGACCCCACACCAAAGACAAAGGGUUCUGGUCAAAAGUCACAGUUUUCCUCAGCCCCAUGAGCCAUCACAAACUCUGCCUGUAACCUCUCUUGCAUCCUGCCCAACCACUUUGUAUACACCGGUAACAGUGACUCAACAAACAACACCAAUCAAGCAGCACCUUGGUUCACCACCAAAAUGGCAGCCUCAGACCUCCCUGAUGACCCUACACCAAAGACGAACUGUUCUAUCCAAAAGUCACAGUUUUCCACAGCCAUCAGAGGGACCAGGUGUUCCCCAUGUACCAGGACAGAAUGAGGUGUAUGCUAGAGCUCAGGCUUUGGCCAGGAGCAGACUGGAUAAAGCCAGAAAGCACCUGCAUGAACAUAUACAGGACGUAAUCUCUGUGAUAAGUGCAAGAGACAAAUCUAAAAAACAAGCCAAGAAAAAACAGACAGUGUCACGUCUUCUCAGGCCUGCAGUGUUGGAGAUGUUUCUAGAAGCUGUGAAGGGAAUGGGGGAUUUCUGCUCUGAUGCUCAGCUCAGAGACAUGGACCUCCUCUCUCAAUCAGUCAGGGCCCAGUGGGAGGUAUGUGCCACAGCAGCUGAGCGGUCAGUGCAUCUGGAAGCCUUGAGAAGAAUUACAGAGAGUCUGCACCCUGCAGAGAGUGUUCUUCUCAGCACCACCCAUCGGAGAACAGACACAAAGAAGGUGGAGAAUGUUCAGUGCUGCACAGACUCCAGAAGUGACUUGGCACCAUGCCAGGAUGGCAGGGGGGGAGCAGUCAGGGAUUGUGUCCUGCUGAGGAAGACUGUACAGCUGGAUGACCUAAGCAUCGACCACUCACAGGGUGUUGUCCAGAACAACAUUGUGGUGAUAAAACAGAUACCAGAGAGGAUCGUCAUUCAUCCCUGUUCAGCACAGGAAGAGAAGGUUACCACAGAGGAAACUCAGAGCAGCUACAGUGCUGUUCAGUCAGUCUUCCAGUUGCAGCUGCUUAACAACAGUCAGCAGCUGGGAUCAGAGUUUCCCAUCAGCCCCAGCAGCAAUGCCAGUAUCUCUGCUGACUCACUGAGAACUCAACUCCAGCACCUACUGGCUCUUAAGAACCGGACAGAGGAUCUGUGGCGUGAGUUUGAGCUUCAGUAUUCCCAGAACUCUCAGCACAUGGAAGAUGGCUGUAAUAUGGAGCAGGAGAGAACUCAGCUUAUUCAACAGUGGAAGGAACAACAGAUGUGCUUUCAGGCCAGGGUGAAGUCCCUUGAAACUGCGGUAGAGCUGCUGGAAUCUGCAGACAUUCAGAUGAGACUAAUUUCUGAUCAGAUCAAACAGAUUAUUCAGAAACCUCUGAAUAUUAGAAACUUUGCCAUUGCUGAUCCCACAAAUCUACAUGAAUUUUUCUGUUGUCUAGAUGACAGUAUCGAGAAGGAGCUGUUUCUGCUUAAGAGUGACGGUUCAGUUAGUGAUGCUGCUCAUCUGAGUCGCAUUGAGCUCCAAGCUUUUCUUCCUCUGGAGCAAACGCUCCACAACCACACAAAAUGCUUGGACCAGCAAAGACAGUGUCUGAGAAAGAGUGAAUCAGCCCUGGUGGGCCUCGUGAACCUCCUGUCCCAUCUCCAGCAGGUGAAUGCCAAACUCAGUGCAGCUCACAAUGCAUCAGAUCACAGUUUAGUCUUCCGGCAAAGUCUUCAGCAGGCCAGGGAUGAAUCGGUUCAGCUAGACCAAUUGCUGGAUGAUGCUGGUAUGAGAAUAACUCUGGAUGAUAAACCGGGCAGUUGUCAUGAGAUGGUUUCAGCUCUGGCUCUGCGUGUCGAAGAGGUCGAGGCCAGACUGGCUUUAAGGCUGAAGCAGUCUGACAGAGGAGGGAAAGGAAGAGUGGAGGGAGAACAGAGGGACAGAGCGUUCAGUAGGAAGAGGAUGGGCCUGCAGGUCACCCUGAGGGAGGUGCUGACAGCACUCGAAAAAAAUGGGCUGAAGGAGCCCACACUUCCUGCACUACAGCACAGGUUACGCUUCUUGACAGAAAUGGAGAGUAAACUGGUUGCACUACACUCAGAGAUUCAGGAUCUGAGAAAUACUUGUGCACAGACAAGCACCUUAGACAGAGGCAUCAGCGAGCUGCAGGCGCAAUGGGAAAAUGCACACAGAGCAGUCACAGAGAGUCGUGAACAGUGUGUCUCUCUGACUGAACCACUGAAGAAGUUUCAGAGCUGCCGAAAUCACUUAGGCAGCACUUUGCAGAAAGCAGAGCAGACUAUUGGUGAUCAGGCCUCCUAUAUGGGCAAAGACAACCUGCAGCUCUUGAUCAGUAAGGUGAGCUGUUUAAAGUCAGAUCUUAGUGGUCUUGUGGACGGGGUGGAGGAGUUAAGAUCUGUGUGUCGACAGCUGCAGUCUCUGAUGAGAAGGAUCCCAGACUGUGCUGACACUCCAUUUGAGAGUGAGGCUGAUUCCCUCAUGGACCGCUGGCUUGAUGUGACUGAGAAGACAGACUGUCAUCUGGACAACCUUCAAGCUGGCUUUUCUCUUUGGGAAAAACUCCUACUGUUGGCUGGAGAGGUGGAGGGCUGGAGCACCCAAAAGCUGAUGACACUUGCUCAGUCAAACCCCUUUCAGACAGAGCAGGACGUGUCUGUCAUGGAGGAUGAGCUCAGGACUCAAGAGGAGAACAUUGAACAUUUCCAUCGCAGAUCAUCAGAGAUCCAGGAGCUUCUGCAGAGUCGCGAGUUCCCACUGGAGCUGCAGGUGAUUGAGAGCCAGCUGAGAAAGAAGAUGGCAGAGGUGAAGGAGCUCUUUUCUGAGGCCAGUGAUGUUUUCAGACAGCUGGAAGCUGCCAAAGGGAAGGUGGCGUCUAAUAUUGCAGAUCACCUGUCCUCCAUUCAAACCAUCACAAAUGCACUGACCUCACUGACCACAUCUGAAAGCCCACAUGUCCUCAACACAAUCCAGGGGUUAUCGGAGAAGCUGCAAGCAGAGGCAGAGCAGGCUGAUGCAUUAUUUCAGCAGAUAAAUCUUCUGGCCAGCAUUGCAGGUCUAGAAAACCUGCAGGUGCUGGCUGAAGAUGGAGCUCAACUUCAAGAAAGCAUCUGCACUCAUAGAGAACAGAUAACAAACAAUAAACACCAAUCGACCAACACCAAAAUCACACAAAACCCUAAGCACAACAAAAAGUCCAUCAAAACAGAAGAUACUGCGCCUGAGAUACAGUGUGAAUCUAAUGGUAAAACAGAGGAACAGUCACACAGAGGCCACACACAAGAUCCUCUUCUUGAGUUGAAACACUUCAAAGAGCAGGCCUGCAGCUGGGCCACUGAACGGCAUCUGAAGGUUUCUGAGGAUGAGAACGGACAGAUCACACUUGAAGAGAAACUCACAGCAGUGCAGGUUGCUGCUGACAGUGAAGUGGACAUAGAGCAUAUGGAUGUAAAAUUCUUGCCAACAAAGGAAGUAAGUAAAACGGAAGAUAUAUCACUUUGUUUAGAACAACAAGCAACCAAAGAUGUUGAGAACCUUCCAUCGGGCCAUGACACAAAUAAGCAGCAGUUCAUGUCUGGAUCUAAAGAGAGGAAUGAAACUGGAUCUGUACUACGAGAAGAUGACAGCAGAUUUACUCUUAGCUCAUCCUGUGAAUCACUAAAGCCUGUCUUUACCAUAGUGCUUGACUCUGAUCUUACCAAACCCAACCAGAUCCCACUGACACAACCUGUCCCAGCUUCUUCAACUAAAUGGGAUACUGUUUCAGUUGUUCAUGAUGGGACUGCAGAGACAUCAGAGGAUGGCUUGAAACUCUUGGAAGUCAGACCAAAUGUUGAUGUAGCCGUACAUGAAGAACAUGCUGUAAUAAGCUCUUCUGAUGAACCUGUACAUUUAUGUGCUGAUCUUUCAUCAUCAGAAGAGCAGUUUAAAGAAAACAGCCACACUGUUAAUAUUGAACCCACUUAUUCUGCUCUAGACCUUGAUUUCAGGCCUAAACCAGAGAAGGACUCAUCUGCUCAAGCAUUUGACCCAAUGCUUUUAUACCCAGAAAAGCAUCAAGCAAGCUCUGGAACUGCUAAGAAAGUAUUUACCAUCAUCCUGGAUGUUGAAACUGCUACAUUAUCAUCAGACAGGUAUCAGUCACUGCAAGACACACAAUGUACAGGUCCUGACGACUCAACCACAGAUGAAUUCUCCCAUUCAGAUGUAAAAAGUCAACAGAAGAACCCAUUUGGUACUGAGAAACAUGAAGGCCGAAUGGCUGAACUAGGUCUUUCAGAAAAGUCCAAUGUGAAAUCAAGUAGCUCUGAAAUGCAGCCAGGACAGAAGGAAGCUCCACUUAUCCAUCCCCAAACCCCUGAGAUCAUGGAGAAUGACAUUCAAAAAGAUGAAAAAGAGAAGCAACAUGAAGUCACUCAAGGCAGUGAGUCAGGGUCUGUUGUUCACCCAAUGUUGGAGAGUCAUGACAACAACACCUUUGAAGAGCCUUCAAAUGAAGCAAACGCACUUCAGAGGCCUCCAAAAGUUGCUAAAGGUAGGAAGAAAAACCGAAAACCAGUUAGUGUAGAAAAAGCAAUCAAUAUCAGUAAUAAAAAGCUGAGCACCUGUAAAUCUGAACAAAAGAACACAGCUCACUCAGAAAGCCUUCAAACUUCUGAGGUCAGGCUGCCGGACGCCACAGAUAUGGCCUGUGUCAGCACAAUGACUGUGUCUUCAGACUUCAGUCAACCAAACACUGCAGAGCCAUUGAGUACAGAAGACAAACUAACAGUGGACACUGUGCAGAAAGAGACCUUGAAUCAAACUGAAACAGAGGAUCGACAUUUUGAAAACAUUAGCAUCUCACUUGCCAGAGACGCCCAUAUUAGUACCACAGAUACGGUUUUAGCAGCAGUAGAGACUGUACAGUCAACACAUACAGAGUACUCAGAACUAACGCCAGAAGAUUCUUCAUCUGUUGUGACAGCUGACUGUAUAACACAGUUUUCUACCACAGUCCCAUCAGAGUUACAACUCAGCCAUGCUGAAGCUCAGAGGACUGAGGAUUCAGAUGACAGUUUCCCUUUGCAGUAUGAAAAAAUGCACAGAGCCAAUUCAGAUUCAUCUGCCGGGAGCAAAACGUCCCAAAACAGAGGAUCAGGAGCAGAUGGUGAGGAUCAAACGAGGCAUGCGGAGCAGCCUACUGGGACACGUGUGUGGGCCACUUUACUGAACACCAUCUCUAAUGCUCAGCCACUUCUGAUCACCAAUCACGGUACUGAGGAAUCUAGACAAAGGAAAGAUUCCUUGCUUCAGAAGAGAUCACUUUUAGAGUCUGAUAGCGGUCUGGCAUGGACUGUCCUGUGGGUUUUCAGAUGUCGGUACAGACCGGCCCAACUUAACAUUGUACAUAUGGCUCAUCAGCUGGAAGAAGUUGAGAUCUGCCGGAAGUAUGUCCUGGAGCAGGUGUCUAGAUUGCCUCAACGUGAAUCUAGUGCAGGACGCUCUACAGAGCUUGAGCUGAGCAUAGAGGGCAGAUGGAACAGAGUCUGCUGGAUACCUCAACCAUGGUGGAGUUCAAAAAGGCACAGCUCCAGCUGGUCACACAGUACCACCUGCAAAAACAGGUUCUCACGGAUACUCUACACAACCUGGAGGCUGAGCUCAACACAAUGCACCUUACAAGUAGAGAAGCUGAAUGUAUUCCUGAAGAACAUGCAGAAGAAGAAAGGCACACUAGAGGAGCUCCUACAGACAUGCUCUCAGAUUUCAGCCCAUCUGGGUGAGGCAGAGGGACCUGUGGCCUUCAUUGAACCUUUUAGGACUUUACAGGAGAGAUGGCAAACUAUAGAGCGGGUUGCCUCCAGCAGUCUGUGGUGUGCUAACAUCUGCACAGCAGAAGUAUCUGCACUCCUGCAAGAAGCCAGAGAUCUGCACCAUGAACUGGAGCUUCUGGAGAAGUCAGUUUCUCUUCCACAUCCCUCUCAAGGACAGAUGGACUGCCGAAGUGAGCUACAAGAAACUGUCAGAACUGCAGACCUGGCAGCAUUAACAGAGCUCUACUUAUACCUUCUUGAGGUCUCUCAGGCUCUUUCCUCAAGUCCGCUGGGAAAAAAAGAGCUCAGAGAUAUGGAGGACGCAAUGCAGGGCUUGAAUUCUCAGCUUGCGUUGACUCAGGAGAAGCUCAGCUCCCAGACUUCGAAUGGCAAUGGCUGUUCACCGAUCACAAGGAUUAUCAGGGACUACAUUACAUGGGCUAAACAAACAGAAAGCAAAGUCAGCAGGAGUAGGAGGUUGGCUCUGUUUCCUGAAGAGGCAAGUCACCAGGUCAACCACAUGAAGAAACUGCAGUCUGAAACAUCUCUUAAGAAGAUUCAGUUGGCCUCUGUAUUGAAAGAGCUAAGAGAGGAAGUUACAGGACUCGGCAAGGAGGAUUCGAUGUCUCCCAUCCUUGCUUCCCUAGAGGAUUUGUACGUUAAGAUUACAGAGAAGACCGAAUGUGCUGUUGCAGAAAUGAACAGAAUGUUUCAUAUAAGAGAGAGACUGUGGAAACAGAUCACUGACAGCAGCUCUUGGUUAACCUCAGUAUUAGAAAAAGAGUCUGGUAAAACAGUGGCUUCUAAACCUAAAACUACAAUCCCAGAAUUGAGGGUUCAGCUUCAGGUAUGCACAGAGGCUUUGAAGGAAGCCGAGAGACAAGCAAAUAACUUGGAGACUCUGUUAGAUGAAAUAAAAAAUGUGAAUCACAGUCUGAGUGUACCCGAAAGCUUUCAGCUUAUCAAUAGGCUAACAGCCUUACAAGAAGAGGUCUCUAGGGUUGUGAACCGUAAGUGGGCCUUGCACUGGGUGCUUGAAGAACUCCUUCAUGCUCAGGAAUCUUCUGCUGAGGAGCAAAACGUCAUUCUGAAGAGCCUGAGACAGAUGAGUGCUGAUGUCAUGAGGCAGAAGUAUCCCGUAACAAGGGACUCACUCUUGGCUCUUGAACCUGUUCAGCACAUCCUGAUGGAGCUCCUGUGCAAGGUGCCAGAAAUUCCACACUGCCCGGAUUCUCGGAGGAAAGAGAUGCUCAACGCUGUACUAGACCUACAGAGGAGAAUGGAUCUGCUGGAGUUGCAAGCGAAAGAUCAUGAGGAGUACCUCAUUUUAAGGCAGCACAUGGAGAACUCCAGAGAGGUGGUGAAGAAGAGCUGGUCGCAGAUUGUAGACUCAAGUGUAGGAGCUAACAUAAGGCUCGGCUAUUGUCAGGCUGUCUUGGUGGAGCUAGCUCUGGUGAGAAUGACAUGUCAAGAGGCCGCUGACCACCUUGAGGCUAUUUCGAAAGAUCUCUAUCCAUCUCAGCUGACAGCAGAAAGGCAAAAAAUCCAUUUGGUCAUUGAGCAGCUCUCCUCUUGGGAGCUCACAGUAAAAAAUGAGGCUAAAACCCUUGAGUGCUCUCUGGCGGAGCGACUCGGCAGUCCUGCAGACCUCAGUCCAUUCACUGAGCUCUUCAUCAGUGUCAGGCAGCAGCUGAAGCAGAGCAUCUCCUUGGAGCCAGAUAAUGAGACCAUUGAUGCAGAGCUACGUAAGCACUGGAUGCGAAUCCAGACCACUGAGUCUGUUCUACGAAUCCUGGAGCACUGCAGGAAAGCGGUAGAUGCUGACAGCUACCAGAUGACCAUUGGUCUUGGCCAGAAAACUCUUAAUGAUUACGGUAUGCAUAUGGACAAGCUGCUCCAAGCUCGGGAGGCACUGAAGCGUUACCACUGGGCUGUUCAGGGUGCAGACAGCUUCUUUCAGCAGAUAAGAUCCAAUCUCAUGAUCCCCUCUGAUGGCUUCAAAGGCUACAAAGAGGAGCAUCGCUAUAUUCAACAGAUUUUCAGCACUCUGGUUGAGGGUUUCCAGAUCCGCUUGUCUGAAGUUGGUGCUUCUGUUCCCCAGCAGACAUGCCUCUCCAUCCCUUUAACCGAGCAGCUUCAUAUCGAGGUUUUGAGUCACCUUCUAGUACAAGAUUCCAAAUUAGAAGCUCAGGCUCAGCUCAGACUUGAGGCCUUACAGAGGUCCAUGAAAGACCAAAUUGUUCACAUGAGUCACCAUGAAGAAAUGACCCAACUUCUCAAAAAUGUUGAUUCUCAAAUCUCUAGUCAAUGCUUAAGUCAAAAACUGGCUGAUUCCGAAGCCUGCCAAGAUCAACAGCUGAAAGUACAGUUGCUCCAGACAGAGCUAAAGAACCUCGCUAAAAGGCUUGAGGAAUUGAGGGAAAGUUGCCCAGGUCUACGCUGCAAAGCACCUGUGGAUCUGAUGCUGGGACAGCUGUGGAGGUCUUGGGCAGUGCUGCAGUGGAGAGUAGAAUCACUCAAAGCCAGCACGUCUCAUAAAGAAGCAGAGUGGAGAGACUUUGUGAUGCGUCUGAAUAAAUCAAAGAAAGGUCUUGACAGACUGCAGAAUGAUCUUCCAGACUCCUCUAUGGUGGCAGGAUCCCUGGUGGAUCUUCAGGUUGUUCUGAGCCUCACUGAGCGCCUUCAAGAUGGGAUUGAGCAGGAGCAUCACACUUUGGUAUCUCUACAACACCAUGUGGCACGAUUGCUUGGGGUCUCAAAUUUGGAGCAGUUGAAAGUGUGCCCUCAAAUCUGCCAGGACUUGCAGUCUUUACAGGGUCACUGCAGAAGCCUCAGAGAUCAGAGCAAUAACAUCCGUCGGGAGGUGCUUUUUGAGAUCCAGGAGUUGGGUCAUGUGCAGGAGGAGUUGAGUGCCAUUCAGCAGAAUGUUCUCUCUCUUUUGAUGGUUUUACAGUCAGAGUCAGCUGCUCAACACUUGCAGGAAGUCAAAAUGGAAUUGGUUUCACAGAAAGCUCGACUGCAGGAUGUCAUGGACAGAGUGCAGAAGAAAUGGAGCUGUGUACCCUCAGAGAUUCAAAUCUUACAGAAUGAGCUCGACGUCUCCAUGCAGGAGGCUAAGGACAAAUUGGUCAUGGUCAUGGAGAGAAGUGGUCCUCUCUGUAAAAUGGGUGAGCUGAUUGGAGAUGUGACUGUAGGCUUGAAUGGUGUUCAGGCCCUUCUGAAGCAAACGAGUCCUAAUUUUUCUGAGGCCAAACGUGCACAAAAGCGUAUAUGGGAUGAGCUGGACCAGUGGCACACGCGGAUAGCUAAGCUGGAGGCUGAGGUGCAGGAUCUGGCUGAGCAGAAGCCUGAGAGAGAGCACGUCCUCAUGGACCAGCUCACGGAGCCUCUGCAGCUCUACCAGACCACAGCCAAACAGGCCGAGCAAAGGACCGCCCUCAUCAGCAAAAUCCCUGCCUGUCUGCAGGACUAUGAGGGCUUACUCAAUAGCUCCAACUGCUGGUUAAGAGAGGCUCAGUCCUGGCUAGUCGCUCCCAGAACCUACACCACUGCGAAAUGCAUCCACUGUCAUGCCAACUCCCUCAAGAUGAUGCUGGAUGAAUCAGAGGGAUACAGGGCAGCUCUAGAGGGCUUCCUGCCUGCCCUGCAGGAGAUCGCUCUGGUGUGUGACACCAGCCCUCAACAACAACAACUCCAACUGUGUAUACAAAACAUCACACUCGUACAGCAAAGUGUUCUGGAGCCUCUCUCCCACCUUCAGCACCUGGCAGCUGAGAUGGACGCCAUUGAAGCAGAGGUAAAGACAAUGGAGAAAAAUAUAACUAAGAUCAGAACAAUCCUUUCGACCACUGACACAGAGAACAUUUCUCCUGAGGAACAUCUCGAGAACAUACAGGUCAUUCUGGAUAAUGUCCAGUCAAUGAAGAGGACCAUUGAUGAGAUUGAGAGCUGCAGGCCAGGCCUGGGGCUUCCUGCUGGGGCAGAGCAAACCCUCACAGCCUUCCAUCGGGCCCGAGAGCUCCUGCAGCCAAUCCAGGAGCUACAGCAGCUCAGCGUGGAGCAGAACUCCACUUUAAUGGCCUCUAUUGGGCAACCAGCUGAAAUGAUUCUCCCUUCAAACCAAAGCACAGAAUUCACGAUGUCUCAUCCUUACACUGGAAAUGUGAGGCAGGUGUCCAUGGAAGCCCCUUACACUGAGAAGGAAGAUGAAGACAAUCAGUCUUCAUCCUCAGGAACUCUCACAAGCAGUAUUCCAGAGGACCCAGAUGAGACAAUAGAGGAGGAACUUAUUAAGACAGGCACUGCCUCUGCUGUAACAGAGUGUGUCAUUAAGGAAUCAUCUCUUGAAGAAGUAAUUGAUUUUCCUGCAGCUAAGCAUGUAGUACAGGACACUGACACAGGAAGUUGUUUACUGGAGCCUUCUGGCUUUCCUGAAAUGCCUGGCAUGGACAGCAGACCAGUUAUUGAAGAGACAAGUUCUCUACCUGCACUAACAUCCCAACACUUGAAAGAAUUUACAAAUGAUAGAUGUCUGAAGCAUGACGGUGCAAAUAUAGCUAAGGAAAAGCAAAACGAGUGCACGGAAACCAAGCUGACUGAAGCAGUACCAGCAAAGCCAGGAAUAUGCUCAGAAAUCAUCAUAUUAAAAUCAAGAGAUACAAGUGAAUUAAUUGAAGAGUAUGAAUCUGUACAUCAGAAUGAAGUAACUGUAAACACAGAAACAGGUACAAGUGAUCAAGUGAAAACAACAGCUGCAAAGCAACCUGUAAAUGUUACUGAUGGUGACCAGACCCAGACAGAUACUAAACCCAUAGACGCCGCAGCUCCUCUUUUGCUCUCCUCCCAGCUUAUAGAAUGUGUGCCAGAGGAAGAUACAACACUGGAAAUACAGCGAGAUCUGAUUGAGGCCAUCAUUCACGAGAGCAGCAGCCAGUCUCAAGAACACACAUUUCAGCACACAGCAGCUGUCAGUGAUGGAGGAGGUGAAGAUCAAGAGAGUUCAGUCAACAUCCUAAACCCAUUGAACAAAACAAUAAAACACCCCUUCAUAAUUCAAAUAAAUCACAUCAUCAAACCCCAGAUUUACCAAAUCAAAAAUACGAGACAGCAUCUGUUAGACAUUCCGGUGUUUGCAUUUAAUUCCAGUGAAUCACAGAUGGGAGACUCAAACAAACUCCUCAAGGACCUUUCAAGCAUCAAGUGUCUGCAAAGCCACACCUGGACUUUGGCACUUGAGCGGCGGAGAUCAGUGGGACAGAAUAAUGUUGACCUCCAGAGAUGUUCUGAAGCUCUUCUGAACGGUCUGCAGGGUCUCCUGGAGUUGGGCUCUGAGCGGCUGCUACGCAGUCAGGAUGCACAACCACAAAACUGCAGUCAGCUGCACUGUCUGCUCACAGAACACAAGAAAUACUUCCAAGAUUUGGGGCAGAACCUUGUAAUGGUGAAGCUGCUAUACCAGAAGCUGCCAGAGGGGGCACUGCAGGCCCAAGCAGAGGUGGAGCAUUUAAUAUCAGCUCUACAGGAGCAGGCACAAGCUCAUGGUGUCCGAAUGCAGCACAGCUUAGAGGAGUGGUUUCGGUACGAAGAGGUCACUGACAGACUGUGUAAGCAGUUGGAUGAGAUGGAGGCAAACAUGUCCAGUCUGGAUUCAGAAACAGAGGGAGACCUGCAGGGUCAGCUGCAGUCCUGUGAGAGAUUGCAGAAGGUCCUGGAAGACACAAGGCCUCAGGUGUGGGAGAUCCAAGACCGACUCAGGAUCCUACAGCAAAAGGGGUGUUGCCGUGAACGGCCAGGCCAGCCUGUACCAAAAUCACAGCUGUUCAUACGCUGGAUGGAGCUUCAUAAUCGACUACAGAAGAAGAUACAAUCCACACAGAAGAUCAGAAAGAAUUAUGAGAGGUUCCAGUGUAACUCAACAGAACUAGAAGUGUGGAUUUGUCGUGCUCAAGAACAGGUUCAGAAGUGGAACACUUUGUCUGAUUCUGAUCCACUGAAUUCCAGAACAAUCUUGACCCAGCUCACGGAGUUCUUCAAGGAGCUGGAGCUUCGUUCGGCACAGAAAGCUUCUGCAGAAUGUGCAGUCACACAGAUACUGAAGCUGACUGGAAAUGAAGCUCCAGGUCUGUGCAGACGACUGGCUCAACUUGAGCAGGAAUGGAUGAACUUGACUAGUGAGCUGCCCACCCUCAGCCAGACACAGCAACAACUGUUGACAAACCAGUCUCACAGUCAUAUCUUGGCCAACUUGACCUCCUGGCUCGAACAUGUAGAGAGACGACUGGAGGAUGAAAGCUCGGGGGUCCAUUGUGCCCUCGGUUCCUCUCAUCUGUCUAGACAUCUAAAGGCUUUGAAUGAUCUUAAGGCUGAAAUAACCAGUCAUCAGCCGUAUGUUGACAUUCUGAACCAUCAGUCUGUGGAGGGGACGGGAUCAGUGAAUGAACGCACCAAUCGCAAUGAGCAUAUCCUGUUUGCUGAGCAGCUGGGAGCUCUCAAUCUGAGUUGGCUUAUUCUACAGGUCAAAAUUGACAGCAAGAUUCAUGAUGUUGAGGACCAGUGGCAGACCUGCACAGACAGAGAAAAGCGUUUGCACUGUAUGCACAGCUGGAUCUCUCAGUGUAUGGAAUGGGUGAAAAACAGCUGGCGACCAGAGAGCUGCUCACAGAUUGAGCAAACGUUACAGGAGUGUGAGGAGACAGAGGAAAGGCUGCAGGUGAAGUCCUCUGAGCUGAAGGCUUUGGGAGCUCUUCACCUGUUCAGGCAGCAGGACGGUGAACAUCCUGGAGAUCAAGCAUUCUCCGAACAGGUGAAUUCAGCCAUCCAGGACUGCCAAGCUUUGAGUCAACAGGUAAAUAAUGCUCUCAAGUCAGGUUUACAGCCGAUCAAAGAUGAAUGGACUCACUUUGAAUCUAAAAUGAGUGCAGCAGAACUGCAAACAACCGGGGGGCUCUACAAGCUGGAGCUCUGCAGAGUUCCUGUGUUCUCAUCUGAGCAGGGCCGAACUCAUGUGGAACAUCUGCAAGAGCUUGAAGGGAAACUGAACCGAUCAGAGACCUGGACCCUGUUAACUGAGAUGUUUUCUGACUUGAAAGACAAACUCAACCCUUAUGCGUCUGAACUUUUGUCUGAUCAUCUAGAGAAAGAGAGAACUCGACAUCAAGCAGUGACUGAAGAUGUGCGUGCAGAUUUACUAAAGGCCCAGAAUGCAUUGCGCCUUUGGCUGGAGUAUGAGCGUCUCACAAGAGAGUGCUGUGUUCACCUAAAUCAGCACUGGGAGAGGCUUAGAGAGCUUAUGAGUUCUUCAGACAGAGAAGAAAACACUGUAGAGCUGCUCAACACCAGGAUGCAGGGCUCUGGAGAAAGACAUGUUAGCCUUGCAAAACAGUGUGGGAAAGUCCUGGAGGCCUCGAAGCUUCUCGUUGGGCAGAUGAAACCCCAGUCAGCUCCUCUGAUCAAAUCAGAAACCAGGUUGCUCUCAUGUGACCAUGCGCAUCUUGGCAAGGCACUUUCUGAAAUUGGGGCACAAGUUCAGGAGGAGCUGGAGGAGCACCGCCGUUUCAGCACUGAGUUGAAAUCAAUGGAGAAACAACUUAAAAACUUUGAGAGCAUUAUGGCCUCCUCUGCUACAAGCAUGGAUAGACUAAAGGUGGUUCUAUUAGAUCUGAGUGGGCUGAACCCUAACCUUGCUGCUCUGAAUCAAACGAGUCUCAGACUCUCCUUAAGCUCUGCAGAGGAAGAGAGGUUACAGUCCCUCAAUGCACAGUGGGUUCAUGUCUUCUCUCAGACUACAGACCGACACAGGAAGAUGUACGGAGAGCUGCUGUGUGCUCAGAACUUCCAACAGAAGUGCCAGUGCUGGAUGGAGCUCCAGGACAAAAUCAAGGCUGGGUUAUCCAAUCAGACGUCUGGAAACUGUGCUGCUGUAAAAGAGCAGCUAGCUGCACAUCAGAAGCUGAAAGUGGAGGUCCUCAUCAGCCAGCAGCUGGAUGCCAUAAUCAGUGAGGAUUUGCGCUUCCUGGAGAGCAGUCAGAAUGAGGACAGGAGUCAUCUGAUGCUCAGACUCACCCAGCUAAAGGAACAAUGGCAGGGGACGCAGCAGAGGGUCCAGCAGCAUGGCAAAUGUUUGGAACGGCUGAUGGGACAGUGGCAACUCUAUGAGGCCGGCUCAGGGAAACUUUCAAAGUUACUCAGACACAUCGAAGAACUUCGGCCCCUAGCAGGACUUGCGCCGUGCAGCUUACAGCAAGUCCAAUGCUCUAUAAAAGACUUUGAGUGGACAGAGGAGCAACUACAGCUUCAUGAAGAACUCUACAGGCAGACUGUGGAGGCAGGGGGACACAUCCUUCUUCUAACAGACGCGCAGACACAGACACGCCUGCAGACUGAACUGGAUGCUCUCAAAGAGAUGUGGGAGAGAAGCUGUGGCCUUGUGAGGAAAAGAAAGGCUCUUGCAGACACCAUAACUCAUAACUGGAAGCUCUGUGAAACUGGCCUGGCUGAUAGUGCUCUCAAACUGAAAGAGAUAAAAGCAAGACUGAAGAGUCCGCUGCCAGAGAAGCUAGAAGAUCUAAAGUCACACAUGCAGCUCAUCAAGGAGGACGAGGACUCGCUGCAGAUUUGGGCUGGAGGACUGAAAGAGCUGACCACCAUGAAAGCAGACGUGUCCCAGUACGUGCUGCCCACAGACACCGCGCUGCUCCAGGGACAGGUGGAAGAACUUUACAGCCAAUGGGAAGAACUGUGCUUGAAGGUGUCCCUUCGCAAACAGGAAAUAGCUGAUCGCCUGAACGCCUGGAUCAUCUUCAAUGAUAAAAACAAGGAGUUCUGUGACUGGCUGAUGCAGAUGGAGAAAAAAGUGGCACAUAGGGGCGAAAACCUUAGUAUUGAGGAAAUGGUGGAGAAACUUAAAAAGGACUGUAUGGAGGAGAUUAAUCUCUUCAGCAAGAACAAGAGCCACCUCAAGCAGCUGGGAGAGCAGCUCCUAUUGGCCAGCGACAAGGCUAAGGAGGCAGAGAUUGACGGGGCCUUGCACGAUGUCAACGACCGCUGGCAAAACCUGUUCGACCACAUUGAGGCCAGGGUGAAAAAGCUGACAGAAACCCUGGUGACAGUGCAGCAGUUGGAUAAGAACAUGAAUAACCUUCACUCUUGGCUCACUCGCAUUGAAGCUGAGCUGGCCAAACCCAUUCACUACAGUAUCUGCCAUAGAGAUGAGAUCCAAAAGAGACUGGCCGAGCAACAGGACCUGCAGCGUGACAUCGAGCAGCACACUGAAAGGGUGGCGUCUAUGCUCACCCUGUGUGAUGUGCUUCUGCACGAUGAGGAUGCCUGCAACAGCGAUGGAGAGAAUGACUCCAUCCAGCAGACCACGCAACGCUUGGACCAGCGCUGGAGAAAUAUCUGCUCCACGUCUCUGGAGAGGAGGCUGAGGAUUGAGGAGACGUGGCGACUGUGGUGUAAAUUUCAGGAGGAUUACUCUUCCUUCGAGGACUGGCUGAACAUAGCUGAGCGCUCUGCUGCUGAACCCAAUUCAUCAGACAUCAUGUACACUGACGCCAAAGAGGAACUUCAGAAAUAUGAGGUUUUCCAAAGUCAAGUGCAUGCGAGUCUGACCCAGCUGGAAAUGAUUAAUAACCAGUACAGAAGACUAGCGCGGGAGAACCGAGCCGAUGCAGCCAGCAGACUCAGAGCCAUGGUGCAUCAGGGGAACCAGCGCUGGGACGCGCUCCAGAGGAGAGUGGCUGCAAUACUGCGCAGACUCAGACAUUUCACAAGUCAGAGAGAAGAGUUUGAGGGAACCCGCGAGAGCCUCCUCGUCUGGCUGACUGAGAUAGACCUCCAGCUGACCAAUGUGGAGAACUUCUCAGAGAGCCAUCUCCAAGACAAGAUGAAACAGCUGAAGAGUUUUAAGAAAGAGAUCACUCUGAACACCAAUAAGAUUGAUGCUCUGAUCGUUUUUGGCGAGGGGCUGAUUCAGAGGAGCUGUCCUCAAGAUGCUGUUGUGAUAGAAGAUGAGUUAGAGGAACUGCACACGUACUGUCAAGAGGUGUUCGGCAGGGUGGCGCGAUUCCACCAGCGCCUCACCAGUCUCCGCCCGCUGGACGUCUUUGAUGGUGAACAGUCCAGAGGGACACUGGCCAGCCCCUCCUCCAGCCAGCCCUCCAUGUGUCUGCUCUCACCACCUCAGGAGCACUCGGGCCGUGAAACCCCCGUCAGUGUGGAUUCCAUCCCUCUGGAGUGGGACCACACUGGGGACGUUGGCGGCUCUUCUUCACAUGAUGAGGAAGAGGAUGCUGCAUCCUUCUCUGCUCUGUCAGGACAGAAUUGGCACGCUCAAAACACACCUGAAGGGAAAUCCUUCCAGCUGGACUCCUCCUCACCUACACACACCAGCACUCCUUUUAAACAAGGCUACGUCCAGCUGAUGUCUGAGUGCAGCGGCAGCAUUAAGAGUGUGAAGAGGGUUUCUAUGAUCCUGGAUGAUGAGGAACAGCGGGAGGAACAAGGCCUCACUGGCCUCAACACUGCAGACAAACAGUCAGGAGUGAUUGAGCGCUGGGAGCUGAUUCAGGCUCAAGCAGUGAGUAAAGAGCAGUGCAGCACCAGAGACCCCCAGCAGCUGACCUCUGACCUGCAUGACAUCACUUCCUGGCUGGAUCGUGUCACCCCUGAGCUGGACAGACUGCAGAAGCCUGAGACAUCCGUCAGUGUCGAGAUCUUAGAAGAGAGGGUCAAACAACUUAAAGAAAUGCAGAAGACAUUUGCUCGCUAUAAGACCAUGAUGCUGUCUCUGAACCUGGGUGGGCGAGAGCUGCAGCAGGGGGCUACAGGAGGAGCACCUGAGCUUCAGGAGGGUCUGCGCAGCAUGAAUCGCCGCUGGACAGAGGCUUGUGCGGGACUAGAGGGAUGGGAGGACAGUCUGCGCACCACCCUCGGACGCUGUCAGGAGUUCCACCAGAUGGUUCACUCUCAACUGCUAUGGCUGGCCCAUGCAGAGAGCAGACGCUACACAGUGAACCUCAGCGACCCUUCUGUGCAGCCCUCCAUGCUUCAGGAACACAGGAACACGCUGAAGGAUCUGGCAGAGGAGCUGCAGGGCAGGCAGAAGCAAGUGAGCUCCCUGCAGACGAUCGUCUCCGAGCUGCUUCCUGAGGCUGGUGGGGAGGACAGUGCUGAAGCCAGGGAAAAACUCCAUGUCAUUGGAAGCAAACUACGACUCCUGUCAUGUCAAGUCAACCAGGAUCACCAGACAGUUCAGGAGAGAUUAGAGUCCACGACUGAUGCUUCGGGAGACAGGAAAUCCACACAAUGCUCUCGGCCAAAGCGUGACCUGUCACCUCAGCGUUCGUUCUUCUAUCGGGUCCUGCGAGCAGCUUUCCCUCUUCAUCUCCUGUUCCUCCUGCUCUUGGUUCUGGCCUGCAUGGUCCCUCUUUCCGAAGACGAUUACAGCUGCACCUUUUCCAACAAUUUUGCCCGCUCUUUCCACCCCAUGUUACACUACACCAACGGUCCUCCCCCCACAUGAGUCUCUCAUCAAACGUGCGGCGAAGCACCUCACUUUUGUCCAACCAAUAUUUUAAUGGUUGUAUUUAUAUAAAUAGAUGUUUUACUAUUUAUUCCCCUUUGCGAGCCAUACUACUGAGAAUUUUUGUUGUUAAUGUUACAGUUGGAUGUGAUCAAAAAAUGUCUUCUUUUUUUUGUCACAAUGCUGAAAAAGAAAAGUCAAUCAUUGUAUGAGCUUGAAUGUAAACCACUGAUCAUUUUUGGAAAUAUUUCUAGAUUUAAGCACAUCACACUGAUUAAGAGUUAAGAGUUUGCAACUUGAAAAGAUUGAUUCUUUAGCCACAGUUUGUGGUGACAUGAUGAAUGGCUGCUAUUUAGGGAUUAUGUGGUCUCAUUUUUAAAUUUUAUAUGGUCUGAAUGAACUGUUCAUAUUUGCAAAGCCCAAAACAUAAAUAUAUUUAAAAACAUCAAAUGCACAUGAACACAGUUUAAUACAUCCCUGUGUAAAUAGCACAUUGUUACAUAUGCACUGCAAGAUAGAACACAAAGACGUGUACAGAAAGUACAUUUUGAAAACAUUUUACAAACAUUUGUUCUGUGUGAAAAAAUAAACAUGGUCUACAACAAA